UUUAAUUCAGCUAAACUAAAAAUUAAAAUUUUAUCUUAACGACCUGAAACUUUCCCUGAACCUCCUAGGCUCCGUAUUUGGUGGAGAUUUAAUUCCGCGGAAGAACAAUUUUAUUGCUGCGACAUGUUUAUGCAAAUUGGGGAGUAAAAGUGCAUAAAAACGGAGUUAUAUUUUGCCGUUUUCUUCUUCUGUUUCGGUUUUCCGUCUGCCGCAUCCGAAGUUUGGUCGAACAGCGCUAGAAAAACGAAAUAGCGCAAAAAAGUAAGCGACUUUUUAAAGUUUUAAUAAAGAAGCAACGUAGUGCCAUCUAGGGAUUCGGUGAGAUAAUUAAGGCGCUUAAUGGACAUUCUGCACGAAGAAAAUAGUUGCAGAGAACUGCGGAAGGUUGGUUUUACUGCAAAUGACAUUCGUGACGCAUCCGAUGACGAAAGCGAAAAUACCAGAGUCGUUGCGAAGAAGUUGUUGUCGGUGCCAGCCGACAGAGAUCACAAUAUUCUUCAGACGCCCCACAUCACAUUACACGCUAACGAAUGCGUACAUAGAUGUUGCGAUUCAGAAAGACGAGAUUCUAGUGCCCUCUCAUCGAGACGACCAUCGGCAAUUAUUGCAGCUCUUAGGAGACCUUCACAGACAAUAGCGCUAUCAGCAGCGCAUGCAGUUAUGAACCAAAAAAAGUACCUUAUGGAUUUGUUUAACGAAAGUACUUCGUCCGCCAGGGAAGAGGAGAAUGAAGAGAGAAAAGAGUGGAGGCGAAACAAGAAACUUGGCAAUGAUAGACUGACGGUAAUCCUCUCGAUAUUGUAUGCUAAGUUCCUGGUAGUGUUGGGCAUAGCGUUUCCGAUAAGUGAAGUUAUUUCCAGUAGGGUGGGUCCAUUUUUUUACCAGGGGUUCUACCUAUACCUCUACUUUGGAAGCAUGACUUUUAUAAUCUACGAAUACGCAAGCUGCGUCAGAGAAAGAGCAGUUAAGGAAGUUAUUAAAAACUACCGCGACAAUGAAAAGGGUGAACUUUUAUCAAAGGCUAACGAUGUGAAACGAGUGCAAAAAUAUGGGAGUUUUUAUUUGAGGUUGGGAGCAACAGCUUUCGGAAUAGGCAGCAUGGUAUAUUCCGGACUGGAAUUUGGACGGUACUUUGAGUUGCAAAAAAGUUCGGAAUGCCCAUCAAGCCCUCUUCAGGCCAUUACACCUGCCACCAGAAUGUUGCUUACCCUCUUGCAGGUGCAAUUCAUAUUUCUGAACCACAAGGAUGUUGAUAUAAACAGACACAAAAUCAUAGCUAGAUUCGGCCUAAUGCAUAUGAUCGCGACAAAUGUCUGUGAAUGGCUGUACGUUUUGGUUGAAGAAACUAAACAUGAAAUAAAUCACCUGGAGGAUCACGAUAACUAUACGAACAACACAACCAACCAAAAGUACUGUUUAAAUGGACGCCUGAUUGGUUCUCUGAUUACCGAUGCUAGUCCGUUUUUAUUUCCAUGCACCAUAGAAUAUAGCCUCAUCUGUGCCGUUAUCUUGUUCGAAAUGUGGAAACAUUUACAGCACGAGACACCAGCUAAAGGUUUUGAACAAAAGAAGCGGGAAAACAAACAUCGCUCAGAUAUCUUUUCUUUCCCUACAAGCACCAGUUAUCAUUUUACAAUCGACUGUUCCAACUCACACAAAGGAUUAUUCGCAGGAAUAACUGUCAUAGUCUUAACAAUCAUCUCUUUGGUGAUGUUUUUUGUGUUGUCUGAGCCUGAAGGCGUUGCCGCUUCCGCAGAAAAUACGAUAAAUGUCAAGAGACCAAAUUACGCAGAGCUUGAAGUCAAUGUGGUCGAGCUGUUUCUGUACAUUAUCACCACCGUGGCAAUCAUAUUCGCGAUGUAUCGUUUAAGGGACUUAAAAUAUGAUAGAAAAAUUGGUGAAGCCGGUGUAUCCGGCAUUGGCCUAGACAAUACUCUCUUAGCUGUAUCUCAAACGGGAAUGUAUAUCUACUCGAUAUUUUCAAUAAUAGGAUGGUACUUUACCAUAAACGGAUCCUCACCGGUCGGCAUGGUUGCAGAUAUAUUUUCUUUAGUACAAACUGGCCUUCAGACCAUGUUUGUUCUUGACGGCUGGUGGAGGCGUUGCCGAAACAUUGAACAAGCCAAGAAAAAGCCGGGUAAACAACUCAUUACUUUUCUUAUAAUAGCCAACCUUGCCAUGUGGACCAUAAAUACUUUGGAAAAGAACAGGGCAGAAUUCCGACCCACGCACUUGAAUUUUUUUGGUGACUCAGCUUGGACAAUCAUUACACACAUUUCAAUGCCGUUAGCUAUUUUUUACAGAUUUCACUCAACGAUAUGCCUUUUCGAAAUUUGGAAAAAUGCCUACAAGAUCAAAUCGAAUUUUAAGAAUCCUUUGUUUCCAGUCAUGUGAAUCUUGAUGAGUGAAGUCGAAUAUUUCGCCACAUCGUUAAUUAUUUACAUUUCCAAUUAAAUUUUCUAACAAAAAACAAACAAAAUAUAUACCUGUUUAUUUCAUCUAAUUUUGUUCAAAUACAUGAGUAAAUUUCACGGUCAGCAAUCAUUUAUUGAUGUCGGGCUUGGUAAUUUCAUUCCCGACAAACAAAAUUUCCAUAUUGUGGAUAAAAGUGGCCUGAAUACAUUCGGUAGACGUCACAAAAUAUAUAUAAAAUCGUAUUACUCGCUCCAUUCUCUAUAUCUUCACGUCUACUUAAUAACACACUUUUCAGCAAAAUAAAUCUAAUAUACCAGUUCAGCCGGGGAAAAUAUAAGCUCACGACAAAUUUCCAAAUCGAAUCUUUGAGUUAGAUAUGAACGCAUAGAUCCGUGCACUUGAUAUAUUUUAUAUAUCUACCGCCAAAGCAAUUUGUUCGAGUCUCUGUGACUGUAUUGACCAAAAGCUUACGUUUUAUAGGAAUAUAUUUUGCUCUUUUUUUUUUCUACAAAUUUUUAUGAUCAAUCUUAUUCUAUUCCUGUUUACUUACAGUUCUGCUUAACUUGGUUGGUAAAUUGGAAAGUUUCUAUACACUUGGAUUUAGUAUAGAGUCUUUAACACCCCGAAGCACUAAGUAAUUACGAAUUAAAAAUUAUUUUCCGGCUUCGAAUUCAAAUGAUCUAUUUAUCAUUUUAUUGGAAAACAUAAUUAACAAAUACGUCUUCCUUUAUUAUAUAGGGGGUCCAACGGGGCAUUUCGUAAAUCUGUUAUGGGAAAACUAUAAGGAGCAAAAUAUUGAAAAGUUAUAAUUAAACUGGAGAUAUUCAACAUUUCAUGUCAAAAUGACAACGAUGAAAACAACAUCUUUCAAUAUUAAUAAUCGAAAUUACUAACCAAAUUUAUUCAACAAACAAUUUUUUACAGGGUAACUUAAUGGAGUGGAAUUUUUAAAAAUUCCUUAUGGAAAAAAUUUACAGGCAUUUUUUUAAGUAAAAUGUUAAAUAUAACAGAAACAGUGAAAUCUCGGUUUAUGGUAAAGAAAGAUUAUAGAUUAUCUCUAAAUUGGAAGUGUUCUAAAGAAAACAAACAAACAAGGCUUCAUACCGCUAUAAGUUACACUUUAUGAAAACUUUUAAUUAAAAUUACAUCGCAGAGAUAGAGGAGCAGAUAACAGAAUCCCUAUCGAGAGUGAAUGAUUAUUACAGAUCAAAUCAGCUCCGCCCAAAUCCAGCGAAAACGCAGACAUGCCUAUUCCACCUCAAUAACCGACAGGCGAGAAGGGAACUACAAAUAGAAUGGAAAUCAGUCAGACUGCAACACUGCCCAAACCCAGUCUAUCUAGGUGUUACAUUAGACCGCUCCCUAACGUUCAGAAAGCAUAGCGAUAAAACCAAGGCCAAAGUCUGACUAAUGCUCGCACUGUGCUACUCCGCAGCCGAAUAUGCAUCCCCCGUAUGGGAGAGAUCAUCACAUGCUCAUAGACUGGACCCUGUCCUGUAUGACCGGUAUAGGUUAGUAACCGGAUGCCUAAAACCCACUGACCUUGAUCAGCUUUACAUGCUAGCCGGAAUUGCACCACCGCAAAUACGUAGGGAAACCCUAGCCAUGGCCGAACGAAGCAGACAAUGUGAAGACGCCAGGCAUCCUAUGUACCAAUAUAUUCCGUCAGCGGCCAGACUGAAAUCAAGGCGAGGCUUUAUGCAAUCUACACAGCCCCUCACGGCCUCUAAAACUGCUACCAAGGAGACAAAAUGAGAACAGCGCCUCAAUCAACAACAUCCCAACCUGGAAUAUAAAAGAAAAACUCCCUGCAGGCUCUGACUUAGACUCGGGUACCUGGAAAACCCUCAACCGACUCCGGCGCCAAAUGGGGAGAUCCAAGAACAACCUCCUGAAAUGGGGGUACGUGGAAGAGGAAACGUGUGAAUGUGGAGAAUCCGAGACAAAGGAGCCCCAUGUACCAUCCGGGACCUUUGGACGUGGAAUGAAAAUACUGUGAAAUGCGCCAGACACUGGAGUGAUAUAUGAACAAUAUCUAAUAAUUUUUAGUCACAAGUUGUAAUCAGACACGAUUAAAUAAAUAAAAUUAAAAUUACCAAAAACAUUGAA